GUAAGUUUAAUUACGAGUGAGGGGCAUAAUAGUCGUUUCCUUUCCCUUUCUCUUAUCCUUCCUCAUACUUGUAGAGCACAUAGACCGCCCUUCACGAAGUAUCUUGCGCUGCUUCACCCGUCUCUUUCUCUCCUACAGCCGACGCCAUCACCCAAUCGACCACGUGCGUCGCUCGACUCAUCGGACGACGACUGCACGCAGACGUAACCCAGCCGACACUCUUACGUCUCUCUUUCGUGCGUCAGCCACGACGCACUCCAGUCACGGUGUGACUCGCGGAUGCCAACCCAGCCGCCGUUGCGCCGCUCAACUCGCCGAACGACGACCACCCCCACGUCGAACCCUUCGCAGGUCACGCAAAUUUGAAGUUGUUGGGCUCUAUCGACGUUGUUCUGUCCGAGUUCCUCCAAGGACUAGUUGACAGUUGAGUUGUCCAGCAGCUAACCAUCUUUCGCCGUCGUUUCACAAAUUUGGAUUCUUGGACAAUUUGGCGCCUGUCCAACCAUUAGGGAGCUCGGAAUUGGGUUUCUUGGCACAAUUUGUGCCAAAUUGAAGUAGGGAAAGCGUAUAAUCUUGGGGGAUCGAGUCAUUGAUAGUGCGUUUCUUUAAACUGUUGAUGCUGGAGGAUUAUUAGGGACUACAAGAAUGGCAUUUAUAGGAAUGAGAAGCAUUCAAACUCUACCACUGUUGUUUCACCCUGCUGUUUUGUUUUCAAGAAGGAAGAAAAUUAUGUAUUUCUCUGUGAAAGCCUCACAAUCCCAAACAGCUACUCAAGAAAAGCAAAGACCUAUAGCCAUUUCACCACAUUUUGAUAAACAGAUUAUUGAUAAAAUAUCUAAGGAUUAUGAAGCAAUUAUUGGCAUCGAAACCCAUGUCCAGCUCUCCACUCUCACCAAAGCCUUCUGUAGCUGUCCUUACAAUUAUGGUUCUUCACCAAACACUAAUAUCUGCCCUAUUUGCAUGGGGCUUCCUGGUGCCUUGCCUGUUUUGAACUCAAAAGUGAUCGAGUCUGCAGUGAAAUUGGGUCUUGCACUAAACUGCAGUUUAUCUUUCAACUCAAAAUUUGAUAGGAAACAAUACUUUUACCCAGACCUUCCUAAGGGAUAUCAAAUAUCUCAGUUUGAUGUCCCAAUUGCAAGUGGUGGUUACAUUGAUCUCGAUCUUCCUAUUGAGUAUGGUGGGGGGCAUAGGCGAUUCGGUAUCACCAGGGUUCACAUGGAAGAGGAUGCAGGGAAGCUGCUUCACUCUGAAAGUGGAAGCUACUCUCAGGUUGACUUGAACAGAGCAGGAGUGCCAUUGCUUGAGAUUGUUUCUGAACCUGACAUGAGAACUGGGAUUGAGGCUGCGGAGUAUGCUGCAGAAUUACAGAGGUUGGUUAGAUAUUUGGGUGUAAGUAAUGGAAACAUGCAAGAAGGUUCUCUACGGUGUGAUGUGAAUGUCUCAGUCCGUCCUAUUGGGCAGUCACAAUUUGGAACAAAGGUGGAGAUAAAAAACUUGAACUCAUUUUCAUCAGUGAGCAGAGCAAUUGAUUUUGAAAUUUCAAGACAAGUGCUUCUCCACAGUCAAGGCCAAAGUGAUCAAAUUGUACAGGAAACCAGACUCUGGGAAGAAGGCGCCCAGAAAACAAUUACAAUGAGGAAAAAGGAAGGACUUUCUGAUUAUCGAUAUUUUCCAGAGCCUGAUCUCCCAGAAGUCAUCCUCACAAAAGAAUAUGUUGAUAAUAUUCAUGAUUCUUUGCCUGAACUUCCAGAAAUGAAGCGUAGAAGAUAUGAGAGCAUGGGCCUGAGCAUGCAGGAUGUACUUUUCCUGGCAAAUGACAUUAGUGUGGCUGAGUUUUUUGAUGCAACUAUUGCAAGAGGGGCCGAAGUGAAGCUGGCUGCUAAUUGGAUAAUGGGUGAUAUUGCUGCGUACAUGAAAAAUGAGAAGUUGACAAUAAACGACAUAAAGCUCACUCCUCAAGAGCUUGCUGAAUUGAUCGCUUCAAUAAAAGGCGGUACUAUUAGUGGAAAGAUUGGGAAAGAGAUUCUUUUUGAGUUGCUAGCUAAAGGUGGAACUGUGAAGGGGUUGAUUAAAGAAAAGGAUUUGGUUCAGAUUGCAGAUCCUGCUGAGAUAGAAAAAAUGGUGGAAAAAGUAUUGGUAGAGAAUCCGAAGCAGCUUGAGCAAUAUCGUGGGGGCAAAACCAAGUUGCAAGGCUUUUUUGCUGGCCAGGUAAUGAAAGCAUCCAAAGGUAAAGCAAAUCCAGGGCUUCUAAACAAGAUCCUCCUGGAGAAAUUGAAUGCGAAAAGCUGAUGAUUUUGUUCAAUGGGUACGUAUAAUUUGUUGAGAUUUGGGUUGCUCCAGACAACGAUGACUGUAAAAUAUUGGAGCAGAUUUCAGUCUUGGUCUCCCCUUCUCAAAAGUUUUGUUAUUUCAAUAAUUUAAUAUAAUUAAAUGAUCAUUAAUUUAUUUUCAUUUAUUUGUUUGUAAAAUUUAUUUAACUAAUAAAAAUCAAAAUUUUUGACUUA